AUGGAAGUACCUACUGUAGAAAGUUUACCGUAAGUAACAUUUGAUAUUUCCUUCAAUGAACAAAGCUUUUGCUACUUUUAUCGCCUUAUAAAAAUGCAUCUUUUUCAUAUCUUCAAUGUCACGAAUGACGAAUACGUAUCACGUGAAACGAAAGUUAUUGCAAGGAAUUAUGGUUUUUAAUAUCGGAUACGGUGUGCCGGUGUGAGAAACAAUUAGUGGAAGAUGAAAUUAAGAAGGAAACUAAGCUUCUCAAAGAGGGACUGUUAUUUUUUAAGCCGUACACGGAAGCGUCGCUUCAGAACAUUCCCAAAAAUGAUCCAUCCCCUAGAAUGUAUGAAUUAAUUAGUAAACUUGCCCCACUUCUCAAUCUAGACGCUACGAUUACGUGGGAUUUAGUGUGUAAUUUUAUCAAGUAUGAGUAUCGAAAUUGCGCGGAAACUUUCGCAUCGCAACUUAUAGAUUUUACGUCGAUGAAAGCGUUGAUCGACGACAUUUGGGAAUUUUAUUACUCUGAAAGAAUGACCUUAAUAAAGUGCCUUAAACUUAUGGUGGAGUACAAAGAUAAAGAACAUCGUUAUCAAAAGGUGUUCGCAAAUUUUUUCAAUGAUGUUCUGUUCGGGAUGCUAUUGGAAUCUAUUCAGAAGCAGAUAGAAGCAUUAAAAACGGUGAACCCGCCUACACGAUCGCAGCUAUGCACAGAAGAGUAUCUACACAGAUUGUACAAUAGUAGUCUUGUAGAAAUGCGAGAAUUACUCCAUAUAUUAACAGUCAUCGUUCAUGAUAUUCAUAUCACAGACACUAAUUUUAUGAAGUUUUACGAAAGCAUUGGAGGAGAACCAAGACGAUUAGCAAGUACAAAAAGUCACGAAGAUAAAAAAGCAAUUGCUAGAAAAAUUAAAGAAAUUCAGUAUAGUCAAACAGCUUUAUUUUUAGUAACUUUAGAUGUCAGAAAACAUUCCAAUAUGGAAGAAUGGAUACAGAGCGUGAGAAGUAGUAUGCAAGAAACUUUCGAACAAAAAUGCAUCCGCGAUAAUUCUCCACAGGACAGUCCCCUAUUUUUAUCCUGGAUGUUGGCAAACUACGCCAUUGAUCCCGAAAAUAUUGAUACAAUGAAUCGAUUCAGACCAUUUGGUAUAAAAGCUAUACAAUUGAAUGUUUUCCAUUAUUUGCAAGACUUGAUGAAUAGCGAAAUGAUCUCUGAGAAAACUCAUUAUGCUGAAAUCGUGAGGAGCAGUGUAUACAAUCUUCUCACUUUGGUAUGCGCUUUCGUUGACGAAGACAAAUUGAAUGCGCUGAAUGAUAUUUUCGGUGCCGUUGCUGCUACAGUUCGAUUCACUGAAACUGCAGCUCGAUUUUGGGAAGAACGUAACGAUGGCUUGUGGCCAGUUUAUAAAUUCGCAGCUGAACAGUUUCCAUACGAAUUUUUACCAUUGACGAAUAUUGCAAUCGGAUUAGCAAGCGCAUCAGAAUCAAGUGCCGAAAAAAUCGCAGUGGAGCUGGAUAAUCUUCAAUCUUUAACAUUGGAAGUACUGCGACAACGAGACCAUAACAAACCGUUAAGACCAUACGAACAAGAAUGCAUGAUUCACAAGAAUUCGUAUACAAUAUUGGAAGAUUCCUCCCGUGAAAAUAUACGUAUAUUAUCAAGUGACCGGGAAGUGAUGAUAUUUCGUCAAAAGGCAAGCUAUUGGGAUGCCUUGCAUCACAAAAUAGAACAACUUUUCUCUCAAGCGGGCGGCAGGUUUACAGGAACUGACGAAAUGAACAAGAAUUUGCCCGAGCACGUUUCAGAAGGUUUAAAAUUGUUAAAAACAUUAGCCGAGCACAUAGGGAUACGGCAAAGUAUGGUCAUCCCAACAGAACUAAGUUUUGAGAUUAUAAACAGAUUUUCCUACCCAGUAUUGCCCGAAGAGAAAAUGUAUAUAUAUAAAAUAGUUGCAGCUUGCAUCAGUAUCUCGUCCGAGCUCGUGCUCGAGUAUCCCGAAGAAAUUUUGUCACGAAUGCGAGCCGGUGUUUACCCAAGAUUUAAUAAUCGGUAUCAAAAGACAUUAGACUUUGCGGAAGCUGUUUCUUUUGACGGUGGUAUAAUCGCAUCAUGGUUGUCCGCUAUAGAAACGAUUGCCCAUUCUUAUCCAAUUUUAAACGCGUAUCUAGAUAUUUUAUCAAAGUAUUUAAUCCGGAAAUAUAACGAAGAAGCUCUGUACACAGUGGAAAUACCCGGUAUGGUGUUUCUACUGCAAGGUGUUUUACCAAAAUUGGAUUCCUGGUACUUCGAUUCGGACGCAGAAAGAACCGAUUUGUGGUUAAAAAGCAUGUUUUGCCUUCACAGAGCACUCGAAUCCAGCUUACCAAAAGAGGAUAUACGUAAUGAAUUACAACUUGUCGUCGCGUACAGUUUACUGUAUUUAGAACCACGACACGCCUUGCUAAAACUGAUCCGCACCGGUGAACGUACUUUGCAUAACAAAAUGAUGGCAGAAACGGACUGGAUUCGAGGAAAGGGAUUCAAAGCGAUCAAAAGUGUACAAUUAGCCUUAUCCGUAGUAAAUAGAUUACUAAUAUUCCGAAAAUCAUUGGGUCUUGAAAUAGGAGAUAGGUCACCGUUGGAAGCUGCCUUAUAUUCUUCGCCCCGUGUACCAAACGGUCUUUUAAUAGUACCUACAAUUGUGAAUUAUCUGUACGUCUGGUUUAGUCCACCCCUGCAAGCGAUGGCCGUCAGACUGCUGAAGAAGUUCGCCGAAGGAUCUUCUAUGUCGCUUUUGGUUUGCAUGGGCAUGGACGGUACCGCUAUACGAGAAACGUUUGCUUCUCGCAGAGGUCUCAUGUCGCCAACCUGUGUCGCGGAUGUUAAAGUCGCUAUCCUCGAGCUGGUUGCCGUGUGUCUAGAGAAACAACCCGGUUUGACGGAAGCUCUCUUCAAUAUUGUACAUCCGGCGGAAUGCAAACGAAUAUUUCCCCGGUCGGUGGAAGAAUUCUUUACGGAAGGAUGCAGACAAUUUUUGGUUAAAUACCUAAAUCGAAUUUAUGAAAAGAAGGACAUCGUAUGCGAUAAAUUAUACAACAGCACAAUGGCGUUGCUACGAGCGAUGUGGUAUCACAGGAACGAGAUUCUUGUCAAUUUUUUUCGAAAGCGAGAGAACUUCUGGACUCAACUGUUUGCGCCCCUUUUCAGAGAGAUAGUACCAGGUGCAAAAGGUUAUUCUCAUCUGCUAGAUAUAAUUACUUUAGAACUGUUUAAGAGUACUACGCCGGAAGAGGAUUUUACCACAAACCUGAAGAAACUUUUGGAUAAAUCGACAGAUUACUGGAAGAAACUGACGAUAUACAUUCUGAAUGAUGUACACGCCGAUAGCGAAGAAUCACAUUACGAGAAGCGAGAUCCUAAUGUUACGGAUUCAUUGUACGAAAUUAAUUUGGAAUCUUGGUAUAAUUUUAUUGUUACAUUAACCGACGAGAGGAUAGCAACGAACUAUCCUAUUAACGUAUCCCAAGCCCAAUUUAUAACGCAACUUUCUUUAGUGUCAUUACUGGAACGAGUCAAACAAUCCUGUGAUAUUUCCAGCCGAAAAAUUACGAUGCUAUUGGCGUCUUUGACCCUCCGAUGUAUCACUUCUUGGAAACAGAUGUGCGUCGAUGAUUCCAGAAUUUUCAAGUCAGGACUGACACAACUAAUGCAGGAAAUCAGUCAAGCUUAUCGCAAUUAUGGUAAGUCCCUGCGUCAAACGCUGAUUUCUUUGCUUCUUGGAUGCGUUCAAUGCGUGAAGAGCACGUUACGCGAAGACGCGACGAGUCUCGAGUAUCUUUUGUCGCACGCUUGUACAAUCGCCGGCAGCGAAUUGGAGGAACUGAAAGAUAAUGCUGUCCAACUGGAGAAACGGAAACAACAGCAGUAUUUGAUCGAACAAAAGGCAGUCGACAAGAAGACAGUGACGAUUGAUAGCGUGAGAGCGCAAAAGAACGCCGAUGAACAGAACGCGGAGACUGUCCGCGGGAUUCGGGAGAGUUUACCAGCAACCCUUGCUGUAUGCAUGGUUACCCAAUUAUUACGCUCCUACGUAGAACGAAGUUCUAUAUUGAAACAUCAACGGAAGACCAGCUGCGUGCAGCUUCGACAGAUGAUACCGGAAUUGAUGACGUGCAUCGGCAUCACAUUGCAAAAGUAUCCGUAUCUAAGAUUUAGUACUGCCGCUCUUAACUUGCUCAAUCUGAUCAUUCGUUCACCGUACACUUUGCACCCUGUCAAUGAGAACGACAUUGCGAAACUAUGGUUGAACUUGAUACCACCCGGUGACAUUGGCAACAGUAUGCUGGACUCGUUGUACAAUGAUUGCCAGAAUGGACAGUGGCGAUGCCAAGAUUGGUGGCCUUUGUACACGCUCGGUCUUGAAUUUCUAACAGGACUCGUCACUAGAGAAACACCUACCGUCUAUAUAAAAUCUGUUAUCACAUUUCUAAAUUCGCACGAAUAUCAAUUGAUGGUCGUGUCAACCUUGCUAAGACACACGGCGGAUCUUUAUGCUGCGGACUUGGUACAAUCUCUCGUCGCUCUCAUUCAUAUCAUAGCAACGCAGCCCCACAUUUGGAAUUCGAUACAGCCGAAUAUCUGCGAAACUUUGAUUAAAUGCAUGUAUCUAGCAUACGAUAAUACUGUGAACUUGUUGCUGCGACCUCGAAUCCUGAAGUUCAUUAUCGAUGGCAUUAGCGUGGAAAGUGCCGAAGAAUUGGAGUCCUGUGACAAAAGAUCACCAAGUGGUGAAUUAAAAUUGCUGGUCAACAAACUGAUCGUCAUAAACACAACCUGCGCGUUAAGUUUCGUUUAUUUUUCACCGAGGCUAAACACUCUCGUGGACACUAUAUACACACAAGACUUUUGGUACACUCCCAUGGCAGAAAUGAACUUCGGGCCACCUCAGAUGAGCAUGAGUUCAGGACCACGAUUGACUUACGGCACGAUAAUCAGUUCGACACAAUUGUUCACGCAGGCUCUACAUUCCCGAUCCCAGCCCGUGAGCAGCCCGUCUGUUUCUCUUAGCGGGCAACCGGACAAAACAAAUUCUGCUAAGAAGGAGUGGGAACACGCCGCGCCAGAAGAUCGACGAAUGCAUUCGAGCAAAGAUUUAAGAAGAAUUAUCCACGCAGCAUCCGGUUCCACUUCGAGGUCGUCUUCCAACGUAGGAAGUGAAUUUCUGGUAUAUGUUAGUGGCUUAGAUGUUACUGUACCGUUGUUAAGUAGUCCAAGACUCGUGCGAAGGCCAUACGAUCCUCUUAUUUGCGAGAAUACUAUUCUGUCAAGAGCAACAGCCUUAACAAGCGGUAGACACGUGGCGAAAGGAAUAUCCGCUGGAAACGACAGCCCUGUUGUAACAAAAUAUCAAAAAUUCAGCGACCCUUGGUUCGAAUCUAUGGACGAGAACAAUACAAGAUUCGCCCUUGAGGUAAAUCUCGUGUUGAUCUUGUGUCAAGCGCUAGAAGGUGUCAGGAGUCCAAGGAUCGCACUUCGAGAUCGUCAGCUGAUAGCACGUGAAACAGUAACUGAGUUGGGAGUUUUCUUCGAUUUUCUUGAACAUCGUGGUACUCCCGACGAUUGGCAAGUCAAAGGAUCGUUAAUUAAUCCUGAUGCCAAAAGCGUAAGAACCAUUCAACAAACUGUUGACUUCAAUCAAACUAUCCUGCCGGCCAGAUUAAAGGAAGCAAAAAGAAACAAACUUGAAGAGAACAUAUUUACUACAGGGAAAUUUACAACCAAUAUCAGUAGCAUACAAUUUUUACCUCUGAUGAGAAAAUUAUUGAAAACAGUGGUGGAAUCUUUAGAUUUAGCACAAUAUCGAUAA